UUUAAUUUCACCCAAAAAAAGGAACAAAACAGAGGAAAUAUGUGGGACGACUUAAAAAACGUCACUGCAUUCCGUACAACUUCUGGACGUUUUUCCCUGAAAAAAUGUACUCACGAAAGCCGCCACUCCAAUGUCCACUCAAAACUCUGAAACCACCUUCAGCAAAACCAGUUAUGGGAGGUAUUCUUCGCCGGAAUGAUUGAUCAUUGAGCCUCAAAACUGCCCAAUUUCCAUCAACUCGAAGCUUCAAAAAAACCCAAUUUUCCAGAGGUAAUCAAUCAAUCAGUCCAACUCCUUUUUCUUUUUGUGCUUUCUUGAUUUUCAGUUUCUGGGUUUGUAGUUGUAGACGGGGGGAAACUUUUUUUGGGUUUUGAGAGAUGGGUUAUCUUGAGAAGUUAGGGGAGGCAUUAUCGCAGAAUGAUGAGAAGAAGGCUUGCCUUCACGGGGUGAUGGAUUUCUUGAUGCUGGAAUGGAGGGAUGUUGAGAGUCACUUGACAAUGACCAAGAACUGCUUGGCAGAAUGUUUCACUGAGAUCGAAACCAGAGAGGAGGGACUCAAGGCGGCGGAGGAUUCGAUCCGACGGAGUUUGGUGGAUUUUGAGCUGAAGAAAGUAAAUGUGGAAAGAGGGUUCAAGAAACUGGAAGAGAUGGGGGGAUUCUUGAACGGGCUUUUCAAGAAGGUGGAUAUGGAGAUAAAGAGGUUUGGGGCGAUUCAGGAGUCUGUGGAGGAGAAGCUAAAGGAGAUUGCCUUGCAAGAACGCCAUUUUUCGGAUUUCUAUGGUUCGCUGCAGAAGCUUCUGGAUAAGAGGGAAAAUGUUCUCAGAGCCGAAGAGAAAGAUUUGGAGAGAAAGAAGGCUGAAGUUGCUUCUUCUGAACAAUGUUUGGAGAAACGUGAAGCUGAUCUCAAAUCCAAGGAGAUUCUGCUUCAGGGAAGGGAAAAUGAGCUCACUGAAAACUUGAGAAUUUUGGACACUAAGGCUAAGGAUCUUGGUUCUAGAGAAGAUCUUUUGUUGGUCAGAGAACAAGGACUGGAACUCAAAGAGAAGGCUCUGGAGAUUAGGAAAAAUGAAAUUGAUUCUCAGGAAAACCGUUUGAAGAUAAGUAAGGAUGAGCUUAGCGUACAGCAGGAAGACCUGGUCAGCAGGGGAAAAGAAGUUGAUUUAAAAGAGAAACAGUUGAGUAGUCUAGAGGUUGGGCUUAAUUCAAACAGGGAAGAGCUUGAAAGAUUAAAAAGUGAACUGGGUCACUUGAAGGAAAAGGAUGAAGAGCUUGAAAGAUUGAAAAAUCAGCUUGAUUGCUUCAAGGAAAGAGAAGAAGAGCUUGAUUCGAAAGGUAGCAUUUUGGAAACAAAGGAAAUUGAUCUUGGUCUCAAGAAGGAAAUGUUGGAAAAAUUGGAAGCUAAGUUGCGAGCAGAUGAGAAGGAGUUCAAGAGAAAAGCAAAUGAGGUUUUGGCGAAAGAGCAAUUUUUGCGGAAAUUGGAAAAUGAUCUAAAAUCAAAGGACACCGCUAUGGAGGGAAGAAUUAGUACAACCGAGAAGAAUCUGCAGAGAAGAAAAGCUGAACUCGAUACCAGAGAGACAAUAGUAGGAACCAAGGAAAUUGAGCUUGAUUCGACAGAUAAAACGUUGAAGAGUUGGGGCAAAGAACUUGAUUCAAGGGAGACUGUUUUGAAGGCAAGGGAAGACCAGCUUUCUUUGGAUCAGAAAGAGUUCAAGAGAAAACAAAUUUGGCUUUCAGAAAAAGAGCAAUGUUUGCAGAAAUCUGAAGAUGAUCUUAAAUCAAAGGACAUCCUUUUGGAGGCAAGAGAACAUAAGCUUUCUGCAGCAGAGAAAAAAUUGAAGUUGAGUAAAGCUGAGCUUGAACCUUUUGAGAAAGAAGCGGAGAAAAGGAAAAGUGAUCUUGAUGCAAUGGAGAAUAAGUUGAACACGAGGGAUGCUGAGCUCACUUUGCAGAAGGAACUUUUGGAGGGAAAAGAAAAAUCGCUCUGCUCUAGAGCGGAAGUGCUGGAAAUAUGGGACAAGAAGCUUUCUGCAGAUGAGGAAGAGCUUGGGAUAAGGGAAAAUGAGCUUGAUUGGAGAUUGAAAGUGUUGAACAUAAGGAAAGAUGAGCUUGAUUCUAUAGCGGAAGUCUUGGAGAACAGAAAGAACCAGAUCCACUCUAAAGAGCAAAUGUUGCAAGGGAGGGAGAAUGACCUUGAUCUGAAGGAGCAAAAUAUUAUGGCUUUGGAAAAUAAACUUGACGACAAGGAGAUAUGGUUAGAUAGUUUGGAGAAUGAGCUUUCUGCUGUGCAGCAAGAUGUUAAAAGGAGGGAACAGAAGCUUGUCUUGGAACAGAAAACUCUGGAGGAGUCUGAAAAGGAACUUGAAGUAUUUAAGUGGAAGAUUAGGAAUCUAUUCUAUGAACAUGUUUCUACACUGAAUUCCCCCAGUCAAUGUCUUGAAGAAUCAGGUUCACGCAAUCAAACUGAAACGAUGGAUAUGAUAAGGAGCAGGAAAAGGUCUGGAAAUUCAAUGGAGAUCAGAGGAAGUUGCAAUGCCAGUGCAGAAGACAUGGACAGGGCUAUGAAUGGGAAAAAUCACAGGAGUCAUUCUAAAAGAAGAUGCAAAGAUGGAAGGAACGAGAAAGAGAUCAAGACCCCUGAUUUUGGUAAAGUGGAUGAUGCUGGUUCAGUUGAGCAUGCACGCCAAUAGAGUAGUGGUUUGGUGUCCCAGAAUGUGUCCACUUCACUCUCGAACCCCUCCUUUUUGGACCUAAGAGGGUUGUUGUUCAUAAUGCAGGUGGAUACAUAUUAUCUUCAGUUUGUCUGUCUGUUUGAAGUAGCUUCCUGUUGCAAAUUUCCAUAGUUUGACUCUAAUCUAGCUUCCAGGUUUAUCCUGUUCAUAUCUUCAUCACUCUAAUAUUAUGGAAAUGCGACAUGAGCAUUUUACAUCAUGCUUAUUUUUGUGGUGGGGUUUAUAAUCUAUGUCAGUGAUGCUGAAUCUGCUAAUUGAACUGCCUCCUGACUAUCGCACAGAAUUGGUCCUAAAUGAUAACUAGCCCUCUUUCAAAACAGCAGAAAUGGAAGAGAUGAGAGAUGCUUGGAUCAUUCAGUUACUUAAAUUUUUGUUCGGUUCAUUGCUUAUUUGCUAGCAUGAAAAGCCUAAGCAAGUGGCAAGACGCGCGUGAUUAUUCAAAGAUUAACACCUGCUAAACCCUAAUAUACGAAA